AUGUUGCUAAACGGAAAAAGCUUUAUUUUCUUACCCAAUCCUGACACAUCUUCUAGUACAUUUAUAAAGAAUGUCUUGAAGGAUAAAGGUGCCACUAUCAUAUUAAAUGUUGAAGAUUGCUGUCAAUCAAACGCAAAUAAUGUGACUGUUUUGGUUGAUGAUUCCUUUGUUGAUUCCAACAUGAACCUGAUACAAAGGGACAUUUUUCAAAGAGAGGCAAACUCAAAUGAUAUUAAUAACCUAUUUAAUAAGAUCGAAGAAUUAAAAAUCCAAUGUGUUAAGGUUAGUUGUGUUACGAAAUGGGUUCAGAAUGAAAAGUUUACAAUUGAAAACAGUGAGUUGGUUAAUUUGACUCCUCCUAUCAUAACCAUUUCAGAUGAUACUAAUAACGGGCAAAGUUCUAGUGAGGCAGAUACUGAGAUUCCAACUGACGUGGAGGACAAUGAGGAUGAUGGAGGCGAAAAAAAUGUCGUGGGAGAGUUUUCACAGCAGCCUAUUGGAAACGCCUUGCAAUUGGAUAGUGGCACAAAAUUACUCGUAAAUGACAAACCCAAAUAUAAAAAUAAUGAGUUGGUCAUUGAAGCUUUGAAAAGACUGACUAAAAAAUAUGAGAUCAAAGGUGAAAGAUUUCGUGCAAGAGGUUACAGACUCGCUAAACAAUCAGUCGAAAAUUGCGAUUUUGACAUUAGUUCCGGUGCAGAAGCACAUACCAAAUUAAGGAAUAUUGGGCCUAGCAUUGCAAGGAAAAUACAAGUCAUAUUGGAUACAGGUGCCUUACCAGGUUUGAAUGAUUCAAUGGGGUUGGAAGAUAAACUAAAUUACUUCAAGAAUUGUUACGGUGUUGGCCCAGAGAUUGCCAAACGUUGGAAUCUGUUAAGUUAUGAAAGUUUUUGUAUUGCAAGUAAGAAGGACCCAGAUGAUUUUAUAUCAGAUUGGUCAGUCUUAUUUGGUUGGUCAUAUUAUGACGACUGGUUACAUAAGAUGUCACGGAAUGAAUGUUUAGCGCAUUUGGACGUGGUUCAAAACGCAUUGAACGAAAUUGACCCUGACUGCCUGGUCGAAUUACAAGGAAGCUAUAAUAGAGGUUACUCUAAAUGCGGUGAUAUCGAUCUUUUAUUUUUCAAACCAUUUUGUGAUGACACCGCCGAAUUGGCAGGUAUCAUGGAAUCACUUUGUAUCAAGCUUUACAAAGACGGUUAUAUUCACUGUUUCUUACAGUUAACACCAAGCCUAGAAAGUUUAUUUGCUGAGAAGAUCAUAGAGAGAUUUCAAACAGCUAAGAUAAACGGAUAUAAAAAAAGAAAAAAGUGGUAUUCUUCAGAGAUAAUUAAGAAAUUUUUUAUGGGAGUCAAAUUAUCCUCAAAAAAAUUGGGAGAGCUGAAAGAAGCAGACACUGACGAAGGUACGUUUCUUAUAAAAGAGGAAGAAGAAACUAAAUUGAAACCGAUUGACCAAUAUAUGUCCUUAAAUUCUAAGGAUGAGAAUUACUGUAGAAGACUAGAUUUCUUUUGUUGUAAGUGGGACGAACUUGGAGCAGGGAGGAUACACUAUACAGGAUCCAAAGAAUAUAAUAGAUGGAUAAGAAUACUAGCAGCACAAAAGGGCUUCAAGUUAACACAACACGGGUUAUUUCGGGAUAGCGUCUUGCUUGAAAGUUUUAACGAAUACAAAAUUUUUGAACUAUUAGAUUUGAAAUAUGUCGAACCUAAGGAUAGGAACGACAUAGAAUGGGAGAAAAAAGUGGUAAAAUGA